CUCAAAAAAGGAAUUAAAAAUUGAUUGUGGUUGCAACAAAAUGAAACAUCAACAAGUUGUUGUGGAUUAUUGGACGAUGUUGAAAACAUCAAUUACCUGCUUACUAUUGGCCAUUUCAGGAUAUGUGUUAAUUAAGAUGGUGCAAACAAUAUUUUUCCUACCCGGCUAUUUGAAAAAUAAUCAAAAACGCCUUGAAGAGUUGGCUGCCAAAUACAACUUGGAUUUGGAUAAAGAGCUUGCCGAGGCAGAAAAAGAAAUCAAUGAUAGGGAGAAUGUUGAAGACAACAAGGACAACCCAUCAGCCGAUUCUACCAGCAUCGAGUCCGAGCCAAAGAAGGAUAAAUAGUCACAAACGAACCUUUUUUCAUUUUAUUGCAAUUUUACAAUAUAUCUAAAACUACUGUGUAUUUGUAAAAAUUAA